AAAAGUGCCAUUUUAAUGGUUAUAUAGUUUUUAAGAAACUACUAUUAACCUUUGAAUAUCCUUCAUAUAUAUCACUAAUCCAAGCAACCAUAAACUUUAAGAAACGUAGUUAGAUAAAGGAUACAUGCUAAUCUUAAGCCGAACUUCUAGCCCAAUAUUCAUAUGCCAAAAGUCUCUCUCUAUAUAUUUUCUUCAAUACAUGCAGCUUCCAUCAAUCAAUAUAUCCUUUGCAUCAUUGAAGCAAUUCAAAAUCACUAAAUAAGCAUAGCAAAGUAACAAAAGAUGGCUAGAGGAAAGUUGGGUAUCUGUGUGGCCUUCUUUGUCUUACUUAUCGCUAUGGAAGCUUCCAUUGCUCAAGGCCAAGGAAACGGAAACGGCAACGGCAACGGCAACGGCAAUGGCAACGGAAAUGGUAAUGGUAAUGGUAACAAUGGGAACAAUAAUGGUAAAGGUAACGACGGUAAGGAUAAUGGUAACGGUAACAAUGGAAAGAAUAAUGGUAAAGGUGACAACGGGAACGGAAAGGAGAAGGAGAAAGAUCCCAAAAGGAAGACUCCAAAAGAUGAUGAAUCUGCUAAGUCUGAAAAUUUGCCAGCUCUGAAAUCGGGACAGGAGCGAGCUUUCUGCAACGCCAAAAAUAGUUGUCAAUUCAAGACACUUGUAUGUCCAGAAGAGUGCAAAGUCAGAAAGCCAAAGAAGAACAAGAAGGAUAAAGGUUGUUUCCUUGACUGCAGCAACAAAUGUGAAGCCACUUGCAAGGUUAGAAGAGCAAACUGUGAUGGCUAUGGUUCAUUGUGCUAUGAUCCUCGCUUUGUUGGUGGCGACGGUGUGAUGUUCUACUUCCACGGAGCCACGGGAGGAAACUUUGCCAUUGUUUCAGACGAUGAAUUCCAAAUCAACGCGCACUUCAUUGGUACUCGGCCUCAGGGAAGGACACGCGACUACACAUGGGUGCAAGCACUUUCUGUCAUGUUCGACACUCACACUCUUGUUAUUGCAGCCAAUAGAGUAACUCAAUGGAAUGACAAUGUUGACUCUCUUACCGUGAAAUGGGACGGUGAAUUAGUAACCAUUCCUACUGACGGCGAUGCGGAAUGGAAGACUAAUGGAGAUGAAAGGGAGCUGGUUGUGGAGAGAACAGACGAUAAAAACAGUGUUAGAGUCACAGUUUCGGGUUUGCUUGAAUUGGACAUAAGGGUAAGGCCUAUUGGAGAAAAGGAAAACAAAGCUCAUAAUUACCAAUUGCCAUCAGAUGAUGCUUUUGCUCAUUUGGAGACACAGUUCAAGUUUAAAAAUCCUACUGAUUCUAUUGAAGGAGUUUUGGGUCAAACUUAUAGGCCAAGUUAUGUUAGUCCUGUAAAGAGAGGUGUUUCUAUGCCAAUGAUGGGAGGAGAAGACAAGUACCAAACUCCAUCUCUCUUUUCAACAUCCUGCAAACUCUGUCGGUUCCAGAGGCCGUCUACUAGCCAAGGAUUGAUUGCUCAAUAUUGAUCAUAUCAUGGCGGAUCAUGAAAAAUGAAAGUGAUGCUUCGUGAUUGAACCGGUGAUAUCUUUUAUUUUGGUUUUGUUCUGUUGUAAUUUUUUCAGAUAAAUAAGGGCCUAAAAUUUUGCCCAGUAUUCGAAUUUCAACAUUCCCAAAUUAGUAUCAUAUUAUUAUUAUUAUUAUAAAAUCUGUGUUACAUAUCAAUACAA